AUGGUUUGCUAUUCUCUGUUCCAGGAAAUGAGUCUCAACUGUUCUCUGUGGCAGGGGAACAGCGUGUUUGUCAAAUGCUUUGCUUUUGCCAAGUUCUCUGAGGUCCAUGGAGAGUGUUCUCUCCUCUUCACCCUUGUGCUCUUCAUGUUCUUGGUGUCCCUGACUGGCAACGCACUCAUCACUCUAGCCAUCUGGAUGAACCCAGCCCUCCACACUCCCAUGUACUUCUUCCUGGCCAACUUGUCUCUCCUGGAGAUCGGUUACACGUGCUCAGUCAUACCUAAGAUCCUCCAGAGCCUUGUGAGUGAGGCCAGAGGGAUCUCUUGGGUGGGCUGUGCCACACAGAUGUUUUUCUUCUCAUUCUUAGGCAUCACUGAGUGCUGCCUUCUGGCAGCCAUGGCUUUUGACCGCUACAUGGCCAUAUGUGUCCCACUGCACUAUGCAACAAGAAUGGGUCAUGGGGUGUGUGCCCAACUGGCCAUGGUGUCUUGGGGAAUGGGAUGCAUAGUAGGUUUGUUACAGACCACUUUCAUUUUCUCCUUGGACUUCUGUGGGCCCUGUGAGAUAGACCAUUUCUUCUGUGACCUCCUCCCCAUCCUCUCACUUGCCUGUGGGGAUACAUACAAGAAUGAGGCUGUGACUUUUGUGGCUGCUGUCCUCUGCAUUUCCAGUCCAUUUUUACUGAUCAUUGCUUCCUAUGGCAGAAUUCUAGCUGCAGUGCUGGUCAUGCACUCCCCUGAGGGCCGCCAUAAAGCCCUCUCCACAUGUUCCUCCCACCUACUUGUAGUAACACUCUUUUAUGGCUCAGCAUCUGUCACCUACUUGAGGCCAAAAUCUAGUCACUCUCCAGGAGUAGAUAAACUCCUGGCCCUCUUCUAUACAGCAGUGACGUCCCUGCUGAACCCCAUAAUCUACACUUUACGAAACAAGGAAGUAAAGGCAGCACUGUGGAGAACUCUGGGCAGGAGAAAGAUUCUGACAAUGUAUAGGUAG